UCCCUCCUCCCUGGUCCCCCAUUGGGCCAGUGGCUCCUGCAGCCCUGCCAGUGAGGGACAAAUGAAAAGGGCUGUUGAUUUUUCCCCCUUGGCCAUUCAGGAUUUCCCAACAUAUAUACUGAGGAAGACCCUGCCCUCUCCUCACUUCUUCUCUGGACUUGUCCCUGGGCUGAAUUUAGUCCUCUAGGGGAGGGCAGGGCCAUGGGAGUCCUGUUUAUGCUCAGGGUGGCUGUGGGCAUAUGCUAUGCCACUUUCAGUGCCUCUGCCUGGUAAGUCCUUUCUCCCACCCUCACUCCCUGCCAAGGAAGCCCCAUUACCUCAGCCCUGGUCACCAAUGCCUCACUUUUUCUCUCUUUGGUAGGUCAGUGAACAAUUUCCUGAUAACAGGUCCCAAGGCCUAUCUGACCUACACUACCAGUGCGGCCCUGGGUGCCCAGAGUGGCAUUGAAGAGUGUAAGUUCCAAUUUGCUUGGGAACGCUGGAACUGCCCUGAAAAUGCUCUCCAGCUCUCUACUCACAACAGGCUGAGAGGUGCCACCAGGGAGACUUCAUUCAUUCAUGCUAUCAGCUCUGCAGGAGUCAUGCACACCAUCACCAAGAACUGUAGCAUGGGCGACUUUGAAAGCUGUGGCUGUGAUGAGUCAAAAAAUGGAAAAACAGGAGGCCAUGGCUGGAUCUGGGGAGGCUGCAGCGACAAUGUGGAAUUUGGGGAAAGGAUCUCCAAACUCUUUGUGGACAGCCUGGAGAAGGGAAAGGAUGCCAGAGCCCUGAUGAAUCUUCACAACAACAGGGCAGGCAGGCUGGCCGUAAGAGCCACCAUGAAAAGGACCUGCAAAUGCCAUGGCAUCUCAGGGAGCUGCAGCAUCCAGACAUGCUGGAUGCAGCUGGCUGACUUCCGGGAGAUAGGAGACUUCCUAAAGGUCAAGUAUGACCAAGCACUGAAAAUUGAGAUGGAUAAGCGGCAGCUAAGAGCUGGGAACAGUGCCGAGGGCCACUGGACACCCAGAGAAGCCUUCCUUCCCAGUGCAGAGUCUGAACUGAUCUUUUUAGAGGAAUCACCAAAUUACUGUAUCCGCAAUUCCAGCCUGGGCAUCUUGGGCACAGAGGGUCGGGAAUGUUUGCAGAACAGCCACAACACAUCCAGGUGGGACCGACACAGCUGCAGGCGCCUGUGCACUGAGUGUGGCCUGCAGGUGGAAGGGAGGAGAACUGAGGCCAUCAGCAGCUGUAACUGCAAAUUCCAGUGGUGCUGUAUAGUCAAGUGUGACCAGUGUAAGCAUGUGGUGAACAAGUACUAUUGCACCCGCUCCCUAGGCAGUGCUUGGUCCCGAGGCAAGGACAGCACAUGAUAACACCCCACACAAACUUACUUGUUCAAUUGAAUGACAAUGGAGGGGGACACAGCUUCUCCCUGGGACAGG